AUGAUGGGAGAAAAAGGAGAGGAGUCCAUGGAGCUGAACAGGGCCAUGGGGCAGAAAAUCAGGGUUGGCAGGGGGCCAGAGGAAAUCCAUAUUCACAAGGUGGUGCCCAAACACAUUUCUCCCACUUCCUCUGCAAUCCUGAGCAAGAGAACAAUGGUGAGAAAGGAGAAUGAGGAGAGAAUGAGACAAAUCCUGGAAGCUGCUUCAGGGAACUUCUCCAGGCCCAGCACAGCACCUGCAGACUUUGAUGUUGAGGGUUGAGUGCUGCUUUUUGCUGCACAGCACAAACAUGCCCCAGGGCCAAAUUCCCCCUGCAUGUUUUUCCAACAGGUUUUCCAUCAAUGCUAUAUGCCUGAAGUCACUUCAACUUACUUUGAAAAAAAGAGGGGGGAGGUGACUCCAGUCAAGAUGGCUGCCCUGCAAAUAAUCCAGACAUGUCACUUUAUUCCAACUAAAUCUGACAUGCUUAAAAAGAUGUGGCUG